GAAGCUACUGUGGCAAGAGCUAUGCUUGAUACUUAGAAUGAUGAACCAGACGGUUUCAAACAGAACCACCGUGACGAUAACGUAUACACCUGAGGCUCUAUGUCUGGUCAUAAAAAUUACUAUUGCAUCGUUGGCAAUGGACGUACCUGGCCUUGUAUCUGCAGCGACCACAGCUCAGUAAAUGCUCUUUUCUCUUCCGUCCAUUCGAAUCGGACCACUUGUGGGCAUCGGAGUAUCCUAGGUCUAUGCAAAAGAAGUGUAAGUGUAGUAGCCCACUGGGCUGCUACGCGGGGCACGAGUGGGCAAUGGAAAUACUGCUCCGGGUAGGAGUAAAACUCGACAUAAUUGACGUCUACAAGCUAACACCGCUGCGCGAGGCCGCUUAUAGCGGGCAUAAGAGAGUAGUGAGGCGGCUGCUCAAAGCGGGAGCAUACACUGAGCUCAUGGACAAUAAUGAUUGUACACCGGCCAUGUUGGCUUAUUGGAAGGGGCACAUAGGAAUCACCAGAAUGACCCUACUUUGCACGCAGGGCGCAGGAGCGUCUCAUCAGUGGAGUGGACAGGACGCAGGUCAAGAGAACCCCACCGACGACCAACUGUAGCUAUUUCUGUCAUAACGUGUUCCGUUUUUACA